CGGAGCGGUCGUCGGUCCUCACAAAAUUCCUUAGUGCGAUCGAGUGGAGUGCUAAAAGUGAACUUGUGUACUUAUAUCGUGUUUUUUUUUUUAACUUUAACAUUUUUGUGAUUGCAGAAAAUGUCAUCGUCAAACAAUAGAGCCAGUCGACGGGCGUAGUCUCAUGAUAUCAAUAUCUGAUCAGGAACUGAUAGAUAACAUUAUAAAAUGGAAUACCACCAGCAUAGAAACAGAAGUAAUUAUAGAAAACACAAAAGAAAAAUACAAUAUUACACAGAAUAUUUAUCAUAUAGUAACAAGAGAUGAUGACUAUCAAGUGCCAAGUGCGACGACGUUGUGUGAUAAUUUUAAUAUAAGUAAAAAUAAUUUAACUCAGCUUAAUGAAACUUGUGAAAUCGAAAAUGAUUAUGAUAUAUUUGAAGUGUUUGUAGUUAUAAUACUUUUUUUAUUGAUCGUAGUGACUGUUAUUGGUAAUACGUUGAUAAUUUCGGCGGUGGUGACUACUAAGCGGUUAAGGACAGUGACUAACUGUUUUGUGACAAGUUUGGCUGUAGCUGAUUUGCUGGUUGGCAUAUUUGUAAUGCCACCAGCAAUUGCUGUUCAUAUUACUGGCAAAUGGGAACUCGGCUGGAUACUUUGUGAUAUAUGGAUAAGCUUAGACAUCCUUCUCUGUACUGCAUCAAUUUUAUCGUUAUGCGCCAUCAGCGUGGACCGUUACUUGGCAGUCACCAGACCAUUGACGUAUUCGAGAAGAAGAAGAUCAAAGAAGCUAGCUUUGACCAUGAUAUUGUUUGUUUGGAUUGCCGCCGGUGCUAUCACGUGUCCUCCUAUGUUUGGAUGGUAUGAGCCAGAUCACAACCAAGGAGGUGUAUGCCGUUACAACCAAAACCCUGGUUACGUGGUGUUCUCGGCUAUGGGGUCAUUCUUCCUGCCAAUGGCUGUGAUGGUGUAUGUAUAUGCGCGGAUAUCCUGCGUAGUAGCCAGAAGACAUCAGCAGCUUGCUAGCACAAGCGCUAAGUGUAGCAAAAGAGGGAAACUAUCCUGCAUCCGUACUGAGUCCGACUCUGGCUCAGAUAAACUAUCCUUGAGACAAAGCGCCUCGAAACAAACCUCGAAGAAUUCUAACCAACAAAGCGACUGUUCAUCGCAAGCAGAUCACAAAUGCCCUUGUUGUUUUAAAGCCGAGAAAAAAAGAUUAAAACAGCUGAAAGGAAAAGACAAAGAGUCUAGAUUCUACAACGAGAUUCCUUUUAAGGCUAACUAUAAAUAUAAAAACACUGGCAGGAAUAGAACCCAUUCUAUGAGAGAUCACGUGGAGAACAACAGAGUCUCGUCAUUGCGUCGAGAGACGAAAACUGCUCAAACUCUAAGCUUAGUUGUUGGCGGUUUCGUAGCAUGCUGGUUACCAUUCUUCCUUUAUUACUUAAUAACACCAUUUAUACCUUCAAGCUAUGUCAAUCCUGUAUUAAUGUAUAUAUUAACGUGGCUAGGCUGGUUCAAUUCAGCCAUUAAUCCAUUCAUAUAUGCGUUUUAUUCACCGGAAUUCAGGUUGGCGUUUUGGCGACUAACUAUAAAGAAAUGUAAAGGGAGUAGUAAACAAUAAUUUGUUCUUCUUAAAUAAUAUAUUAAAUAGAAAUCAUUCAUCUUGAUAUUAUUUAUAUCAAAGUCAUAUUAUUACACGCUUUUCUAUCUCUUGACCGUUUUCCAUUUUGUGCUACGUCUAGAAACAUUAAUAUUUUGUAUAAGUGUUCCUUUUCAAUAAUAUAAGUGAGCACAACGAAAAUACUUUUUGAUAUUCCUAAAUGAACGACAUAUAAUGCGAAAACUUUCAUACGAGUGGCACUGGGAAAUCACAAAAGCUUUUAUAUUUUUUAAACUGUUUUUAUCAUUAUUGGUUUUGAUAAUUUUUUACCAUGAUUAUUAAACGAAAAUACAUAGAUAUCAUAUUAUAUAGAUACAUUUUAUUGUUCUGUCUAAAAUAUUACUUUAUAUUAGUAUAUAAUAAGCAAAAGUUACAAGAAAUAGAUCAUACAGAGAAAAAUUAUCUCUACUAGGUAACCAUUGACAUCAUCAUUUGAAGUUUUAUAAUUGUAUCAGUCAUAAACUUAACAACUUAUUUUCAUCAACUUAAUAAGACAAAGACUUUUUGAAAAGACACGUUACACGCUUAGAAAAAAAAUCUAAAUAAAUUUCGAACAUAGCAACAGCACACAUUGGCAUUUUACCACAUUGUCAAAUAAUAUAAAAGAAAUGGUAUGAUUAAAACAAUAAGAAUAUUAUUCUUAUAAUAAAAUAAAGAGUAAAUAAGAUGGCUGGUUUUUUGUCGUUUGUAAGGAAGUAAAUAUAAAUCUUACUGUGGUUUCAAUAGUGGUAACAAAGCAACCAUAACAUAGCAUAUAAAAUAAUGUCGAUCACAGUUCGCAUUUGGUUUGAUCUCUAUAAAAUAUAGUUAUUUCUUUAUAAUAUCAUUGUUUUCGCCAUUUUCCUAAGGAACUCUGAUUACCUAAAUUACGUGCGGAUCAAAUCGGGGUUAACUACUGAAAAAUACAUUGCACGUAUCUCAUAUAGAACAUGUUAAUGACAUUUAUGAUGAAUCAAAGCAUAUUGAACUCAUUUCCAUGUGAAAAUCCUAUCAAAAUGCAUUAAAAUUUUGUGGAAUAAUUCAAUUGAUUUGAAAAAUAUUAUUCUUGUGUUUAUUUAUGUAUAGAAUAAAUUAUGUUUUUUAUUAUUAUUUAAAAAUAAAUUUGUCCAUUUUAAAUAAUUUAAAUACGUAUUCCAUUUUACAUAAUUUGUUUUUUUUUUUUUAUAAUGCCUAUUAAAUGUUUAAGGAUAUAGCAAAAUUUUUAAUGUUGUUCCUUGUCAAUAGAUUAAUAAGCACUACAAAAUAAUGGUAAACAAAACAUAUUGAUAAAUGUUUUAUUAAAUGUGAAGGCUUAAACGUAAAUCUACUUCAAUAUAACUUUAUGUCGUAGGAGUCGAGCAUUAUGUUACAAUACUAAAUAUUACCAAAUUAAGUCAAAGAUCUAAAUAUGGUAUUUAUCAUCAUAAAAAUCGACUCUAAUCUAUUCUAAUCUAUACUUGAAGGAAAAUUGUUAUCUGAUAACAUUUUGUGAUUAAUAUUUGUACAUUUCCGUAAGAUAAGCAUAAAAAUAAAUCUUAAGAAGAAAAUAAAUAAUUAACGACGUUCAGUGAAAUGGCCACAAAUCUAUUGUGCACCAUUUUUCCUUUUAUUCUUUAAGUACUAAAGUCUAUUUUAGUGUACGUGACGUUGAUAAAUGGUAUGUUCCAAAUGACUGGACGAGAAACAAUAUUUUUUGUUAGAGUAUUAAUUUAUACAGACUUUUAUGGCAGUUUUAUUGUAAUACUUUUAGGCAGAUUUAUAGACUACAUGCUAUUUCGUAAAAUUUUAUAUUAUUAUUAUUGACUUAAUUUCUUUUUAUACCACUAAGAUAAUAAAUAUGGUCUAACAUUUUGGAAACAAGAAAUGUACAGAAGAAAAGAAAGUUAGAAUCCAAUAUGGCAGAACGACCUACGGCCAUUUGUCGAAUGUGAUACGUAAGUGCUUAGUCUGGUUUACUAGAACUUAAUGAAAAGGUAAACAAGUUUUGUUGAAAUUAUCACAGAAAUACUCUCUAAAUGAAAUAAGUGACAAGUCGUAAACAUUCAAUUAAUCAGUUUUUAUUGUCUUUUUGUAGGGUCAAUUAAUCGUUUGUUUAUAUUUUCAUUAAGUUUAAUUGAAACAGAUUAAGUGUUUGCCAGAUUAGAAAUCUGUGUUUGGGUUUGAAUCAGUGUUGGGGUCUAUACGUCGUGAUAAUAAAUCACUAAGCCACGACGCUUCCCAUUAAAACUUGUAUUUAACUCAAAUUUAUAUCAGUACAACGACAAUGACAACAAAUAAAUUAUACAGAUAAUUUCAACAUUUCAACACCGGCUACUAUUUUAUUAAAUUAAGGGAAUUGAAAAUUGUGUAAAUUCUUUUGAUUAAAAAAAAAAAACCUCAAACCAAUUCAUAAAUUAAGCAAAGACAAGUUUAUUACGUAACUUACACAAAAACAAACAAUUAAAAACCUCAUCCAUUUUGGAUCCACGUCGAUUAAAAAGACUGGGAAUUUACAAAUAGAAAUAUUUAAUUCCCUUAAUUCCCUUUUUAUAGGAUAUCGAUCCAUGUAACGACCCACAAAAGAUAAUAAUCCCGUCUCCUUAGAUUUAUUUACGAGAAGUAAUCUGCUUUACAAUAAAAUUCAUUGGCUUUUGUAAUAGCUUCAGUUUCCAUUCUGUUUGACUUGAAUAAUUCCGUUUUUAAGUGAAAACUUUGUUAAAAUUUAACGACACAGAUAAUUAUUAAAAUCAUUGCUGACUAUAAUGACAUUUCUUUCUCUUAGAAAAAUAGAGUGUCGGAAUGCUAUCAAUGAGGUAAAUAUCAAGGAGCUAAUCGUGAUUUUGUUUAUUUAUUAUGAAAGUAAGGCGUAGUUUUUAAAAUAACUAUGAUGUCAAUGUGAGUCAGUUUCACAGACUGAACCACUUAUAUAAGAGAUUUUCAACAUUUUUCAUUAUGAGACAUGUAAAUAAUUAUUGUAAUUGUAAGAAAUUUGUGUAACUUGUAAUAUAAUAAAAUUAGCUUCCUGAAAAAUGUACUAUUAUUAUAAUGUCUAGUCAUCCUAGCUAUAUAAUAAUUAAUACAAAGUAUUUUUAUUAGGUGGGUAAUAUUAGUAUAAAAGUAUACGUACAGAGAUCAAU